CGCGUACGACGUGAUGCGGGGUGUGAUAUGUCUGUAGCGCGCGCUCGUAUCCACCCUAAACGGCAGCGACGUUCGAGGGCCGAGGGGAGCAGUGGCGACGGUGAGACGUGAGAGUGGAGGGCGACGGGUGGCGACGACGACGACGGCGGUGGUGGUGGCGGCGACGGCGACACAAGGGGGGGAAGUCUUCCGCCCCCUACGCAAGCCAGACGCCGGUAAUGAGUGUUUACGCCGCGAGCACGCCGAGUCCUGCGAUAUCGCCGGCGAUUAAUACGACGGCAACAACGGCAUCGACGGCAACGAAGCCGCCGACGACGUCACCGACAGCAACGACGACUACGACGAUAACUACGGAGACUGCGUCAACGUCAACGACGACUGCGACAACGACGACAACGGCGGCGGCGACGGCGGCGGCGGCGGCGGCAGCGACCGGCUGGAUCGAGUUCUGCGAGAGACACGCCCGCGCCUCGGCCUCCGACUUUGCCAAGGCGUUCUGUGCCUACGUUAGUCUGAACCUGCCCGAGAGUGCCCGCGCCAACCUCUCGCACCGCGACUUCCUCCGCAAAUUUGUCGAGAGCUUCUGCGAGCAUUUUGAGAGCGAGUACCUGCGUCAGAGUGUCAGAUCACUAUCGUUGCAUGAUACUAGGAGUAUAGUAUCCAAUGAAAGAGACAUAAAUCUUGCAAGUCAAAACACUAAUGCACCAGUUCGAGCAUCCUCCCAUGAAGAAUUUAGUGACUAUUCCGAACACGAAGGAGAGGCAGUGUCGCCGAAGCCCAGUCACAAACCUUUCUUCCGCAGAUUAUCUUUUAAGGGACUUAAAAAAGGCAAGAGUUUCUUCCACAAGCAACAGAGCGAUGAAGUCGAAUUAUCUCACAGUGAACACCGCAAGGAUAAACACUCCAAGGCUAAGCUGUCGAAAAUCGUGGUGGAGUGUCGUAAGGAAGGAAUCGUUAAUGCCUUGAUGGGAGAGAACAUAGAUGGGACGCAGAAAUGGGAAAAGUCACGGCUAGCUUUGAUAAAGGCCAUCGGUGGCUACAUGUUGGAGUUCUACUCUCCACCGAAGGCUGUGAAACCACGAAGCGGAGUCUUUUGCUCGGCGAUAACAGAAGCGAGGGAAACCACAGCGCUCGAAAUGCCGGAUCACGAGAAUACGUUCGUCCUGAAGACUCAAAAUAUGGAAUUUGUUAUCGAGGCGCAUGACUCGAACGACAUGAAAUCGUGGUUGGCAACGAUUAGGUACUGUAUGCGAACGGUACAGCAAAGCUCGAGCGCUCCUGGUUCCGGGCCGGGUGACUCUUUAGGAGAUUCUCUGAGCCACGGUUCGCUUGCUAUCGGAUCCGACAGUGAUCGAUUACGAGCCAACUCGGCGAGUAAAAGCUUUCGAUCCGCUAGUCAUGAACACGGCGAUGACUCGCAGGGUAAUCCACCAGAAUUACCUCCGAGACUCCAUGUGCGCAGCAGUAGUAAUCUAGAAUUAUGUUCCUCUCAGCAAGAAAUUGAGCAAAUGUCUACUAAUGAGGGUGAGUUGGAUUUAUCGAGUAGCUUACGAGAAUAUCCAUGGUUUCAUGGCACUCUUCCUCGUUCGGAUGCCGCGCAGCUUGUAUUGCAUAGUGCAGCUAACGGUCACGGCGUUUUCCUGGUUCGGCAAAGCGAGACUAGAAAAGGCGAAUUUGUGUUAACUUUUAAUUUUCAAGGAAGAGCAAAACAUUUACGAAUGACACUAAAUGAUCAAGGUCAUUGCCGAGUCCAACAUCUGUGCUUUCCUACGAUAUAUGAUAUGCUUGAACACUUUCGCCAGAAUGCAAUACCACUCGAAUCUGGUGGGACUGCGGAUGUUACUUUAACAGAGUACGUAGUGGCGUCGAGCCAUGCAUCGCGACCAGGACAUCAUAACGUAGCGAGUAGCUCGAAUGUACAACAGUCGCAAGAGAGGAGACCUCCGGCAACUCUGGAGCCCAGAGAAGUUCGCACUUAUGGUGGUUCUAUAAGAACUCGCGUGGAAUCGUUGGAGAGACUAGAGCAACAGAGCACCAUUGUGGAACAACAGGGCUCGGCUUCGUCCACCGGCAGAGCGGUUCAGAAUACUUACAGUUUCCUCUGACGCUGGAUUCACGCUAAUCCGCCAUCAGGCUACAAUCCAGUCAGUCCGACGGAUUGAAUGUGAACGAUAUGAUGAAGUAAUCGCAGUUUUUAUCUCCAGAAUUGCGUCACGCCAUAAACCGCUGUUUUACGACAAAGCGCAUCUCUUUGCUAGUACAAAAGAAUUGCAUUUUUCUUUUUAAUAUAACUAUCUUCCAAUCAUUGACUCUUGCAUUCAGCAUUCGACAUUAUACUUUUAUGAUUUAUUAGCAACGCAUUUGCAUCGCAUUUACAUCGAAUAAUAAGAAAUAGAAUAGACUACCAACAAAACGAGUCUCAGUUAGCAAUGGUCAUUUCAUAACGUGCUCAAAUUAUUCCCACCUCCUAAUAAUGCUGUAGCAUUCCAUGGAGCUUCGUUUCGCAGGUUUGCAUGCAUCUGUGACACGUCUUUUUCAUCGAGACCGAAUUAAUAAUCUCCUCAUAUAUUUUUACUGAGAGAACGGAUAUAUUUUAAUGAAAGAUCCCGAGUCUCGUUACACUGCUUAAUUAAUACACGUAACAUUGUGCGUAAAAACGUAUGUGUGUAAUUGGAGAAUGAUAGUCUCCGAAAUCUUGAAUUAUGGACUGCCAGUAUAAUGCAAUCCCUAUUUGUGUCUUCGGAUCAUCCCGAAAACGUGACAAAUGCGCCAAAGCUAAAGCUGAAUUAUUAUUAAACUCCCGCUUCUCUCGUCACGUCAAUUUGUUAUACAAAAUUACAUUUCAGCCGCAUUGUCACUAAUCCCGAUGCUUCAUAGGGCAAAUAAAUGUAACAGAUAUGCCCUCGAUAUAAUUAUCGAUAAGCAUAAAACGAGCUGCGAUAUUUAUAAAUUACCCUAAUCCUCGUCAGUGUAAAAAUCAUUGAUAAAUUUCUCCACUUGGGCGAAUAACAAGAAAAAGGGGGAAAAAAAAGAAUUCAAAUAUGUUAUCAUUCGGGAUGAAUGGAAAGAGCAAAAUAUUUCAUGCUACAGUAAGUAUCCCAUAUAUCCCUGCAGACAUCAUAUUCGAUAAGCGUAUCGAGAAGUGUAUUAACAAAUUGUGUAACGACUAAGGAUUAUCACUAACAUCAUAGAGCAAUAUGACUGAGUGUGCAAAAUUAGACUAUAGACAAAUGUAUGGAUGAGUGAUACACGUAUGACAGAGAGCUAUGAUCGACGGAAUAUCCGAUAUGUGAAACGAGCAAUGCAGAUAUUCUCAGUAUGAACCGAACUGAUUACUGUGAUAAGAUCUCUCAUUCGCACAAGGCAUUCAACAAAUCCCGUUGCCGUCCGUGCCAAUCUAUGUUCUUAUUCAUAAGAAGCAUAGAGGCAACAGGGACAAAUUUAUCAGACAUUUGUACAUUUCAUUCACUAUUCGCCAUCGAAAAUUGUAGAAAUAGAAUUUCCAUCGCGGUCUCAAAACAAGAAGAGGGAAAAAAAUGUAGGAAAAUUAUAGUCGAUCUGGAAAAAAAAUCUGUAUCGCAAGUUCAUCCUUUAGCCGAAAUGCUCGCAAAAUCAUGCUGUAAGUAGGAUGUAAGCUUGUUCCUCGCGUAGCCGCAGUUGAACAGACAGUCCUGAAGUAUACAGAGUUUGACAACUAGGCAUUCAAUCGUAAUACUUUUCUACCUUAUGUCAAGAUGCAAGGAUGAAAAUAAAAACUGAAU